GUCAGCUGAUAUGCAUUGUUUAUCGUUGAAUUGAGUACACAGAUAAAGGAAAAGAAUAUUAGUUAAAAACUUUAAACUUACAACCAAAGUUCUCAUUAACCGGAAAACUGAGUGCAAUAUCAAUUUGAAGAAAAAACCAUUUAUAUUUGUCUAUACGGACAUUAUGAGUUUUUAUCGUUGAAUAAUUGUUACCAUAUCACAUUUGACAAACUCGGCAUUACCAUGGCUAAAAGUAAACUGGAUAGCGUUUAUCGGAGGAUGCUAAUAACGCGCUUCUUCGAAAGAGGAUGGGGAAAACCUGAAAACUUGCAAAAAUUGUUUCAGUUUCGCAAAAUCAUAUCGGAGAGAAACACUUGCUUUCCACUGGUGCCCAAGGAUUAUCCCGUAGAAAUCAUAAAGGAGGAAAAAUUCCCCGAUGGCGUUGUUUUGGAAGGGAAGUUUCUGACACCACUGGAGCUACACUUACCUGGCGUAGUGCCCAAAGCAGCCCAAAAUGCUCAUUUUCAAGUAAUUCUACCUAAUAAAUGGACUGAUUCGGCUAAGCCAAUUUGCAUACAUUUAGCGGGAACUGGUGACCACUUCUUUUGGAGACGUAGAAAUUUAAUUGCUAAACCACUUAUGAAGGAAGCAAACAUUGGAGCCAUUAUUCUGGAGAAUCCUUUCUAUGGUAGCCGCAAGCCUGACAACCAAGUGCGUUCCAAUUUGCACAAUGUGUCCGACAUAUUCGUUAUGGGAGGUUGCUUGAUAUUGGAGUGCCUAGUAUUACUGCAUUGGUGUGAGCGAAAUGGCUUUGGCCCUCUGGGCGUUACUGGUCUAUCGAUGGGUGGUCACAUGGCCUCACUGGCAGCAACCAAUUGGCCUAAACCUUUAGUGCUAGUGCCUUGCCUUUCGUGGUCUACAGCCGCUACGGUAUUCACCACUGGUGUUAUGAGCCAAUCCAUCAAUUGGGACAUGCUAGAGACUCAGUAUUAUUCCGAUGGAAAGUACUGCGAGCGUUUAUCGAAAAUGGUUACCGUGAUUGACGAUGCUUUCACUGCUGGUCAAACUUUCAUAAAGAAUUUUAAUCAGUCGUUAAUUGAACUGAAAAAAGAUAUUAGGAAUGUCAAGCAAAUGCAAAAUGACAAACUUGCUGGUCUGGAGAAUAACUCGGAAACUCAAAACGAGGCAAAUAAUUCGCUAACAAAGCUAAUGGAAUUAAUUCUGCCCAAACCGAGUUUAGAGGAAAAAAUUGAUAUUACCAAAAUAAAUUGGUGGGAAAGGGAAGCCCUACAAUUUAUGCGAGGCAUGAUGGACGAAUGUACGCACUUGAAAAAUUUUUCGGUGCCCUAUGAAACGUCCUUAAUAAUUGCAAUAUGUGCCAAGGAUGAUGCAUAUGUUCCCCGCGAUGGCUGUACAAGCCUGGAAGAUAUUUGGCCUGGAGCUGAAAUACGAUAUUUAGAUGCUGGUCAUGUGUCGGCCUAUGUUUUGCAUCAAAAGCUAUUUAGAUCUUGUAUCAUCGAAGGUUUUGAACGAGCAAAAAAAAUGUAUGCAACUUAUAACGCUAGGCAACAAGAAGAAAAUUUAGAGAAGACCUUGUCUUCAAAAAUUACAUACCAUGAGCUUUUAGAAAAAUAUAUGAAAUCUUGCUAGAAAAUUGCUACAUAUCGUAUUACGAUACUAUUUAUUUACAUACAUAUACAUAUAUAGCAAGAAACUAUUGUCCCAGUGUAUAAGCAAUGCGUUCGAUGCAUCUUGUCUGCUCCCCUGCAAAAGCAAAAAAAUAAUACUCACCAAUUUGUACUGAAAUGUUCAUGAGUUGCGCACAUAUAUUUGUGUAUUUUUGCAUAUGUCAUUGACCGAAAUGACCUCCGUGGGUGCACUGAAAUGUGCAUGGCACAUAUGACGUUUGUCCAUUAUUACUCAUUGACGUUUUAAAGAAUAUAAAUGAAUAUUUCUUAUUUAAUACAAAACUAAGUACAUGGAAUUCAGUGUUUUCUUUUUGUAAGAGAACGUUGAACGAAAUCAAUACUGAAAAUCGAUUGUUUGGAAAGAUGCGUUUGCAACUAUUGUAGCCUAUCGUUAUUAAGUUUUAAUUGCAAGUUUGUUGAAUAAAACAAAAUUUUACAAAACCUAA